AUGUCAUCACCCUCCUUUCAAAGCUCAAAUCCGAUUUUUACGGGAGGCUGCUGCUUCUAUGACGAGAUUCCGAGAGACAACACCCUCAGUCUGCCGUCUUCGCCAGGUCGUCCGUUAGCAGAUCCUACAGAUGACUCGUUGCCCAAUUGGAGAGAUAACACAAAAGAUACUCCCGUCUUGCCGAGUCCACGACCACGCGCCAUUACUCCCUCUGGCUUCCGCGAUGCAGAGGAUACUUCAAUAGAGAAGCCCACGGCUCUGUACCAAACGUCGCCAUGGUUCAAGGUUGCAGCGAACAUUCGGCGCGACAUUCUGCGGCUGGCUUUUGGAGAUCGACGUCUUCAUAUCGGUCUAUCUUUCAACAGACCGGCCAGCGCCGAGGAUGAGUCCACAAAUAUUCAAGAGUGGCGAUGGUUUGGCAGCUUCUGUCAUCGACUGGUCGUGCCAGACCAAGCUCAGAUUCCCAUGACCAGUGGAGCGAACCACUAUGGUCCUUGGACUGAUACAUGUAAGAGCGGCGAUCCGUUACAGCGGUACAUGGGAAUCAUGGGCUGGCUUCUCUCCUGUCGUCAAAAGUAA